AAAUUUCCGGUGCACUGCACUAUACGUAAUCGCACAACCCAUGACAGCACUGUGUGGACAUAAAUAAACUACAGUAUUUCUUUUAACUGAAGGAAAUACUGCGUUUUGUUUAAAAUGGACGACCAGGAAAUGCCACUGAAAGUAAAGCGAGUGACGGAUAAGUUCACGGAGAGCAUGUACGUGUUGGCUAAUGAGCCGUCCAUAGCACUGUAUCGCCUACAGGAGCACGUGAGGAGAUCUCUGCCUGAGCUGGUACAACAUAAGACAGACAUGCAGAGCUGGGAAGAACAGAGCCAAGGAGCAAUUUAUACAGUGGAGUAUGCCUGCAGCGCAGUGAAGAGCAUGGCCAACAGCAGCCUCUAUUUUAAGAACAUUGACGGACUGCUGAAACAAGCCAUCACAACAAAGGAACAGAUCAGCGGUGCUCAAGGACGCAGUUGUGUGAAACCUGUACCUAAUGACAGUGAUCCUCCACCACACGACUCUUCCACAUCAUCAUCAUGACGAAUGGAAAUCUAUAAGCAAGGAAAAGAACUGUGGAUCCUGGGAUAAUGAGAGACACUUGUGAGAGGCAGAAUUCUGGGAUAUGAAGUACAGUUACGAGUCUACUGAAUGGACUCCAUUCCAAAGGUGUACCUCGCUCCAUCCGAGUGUGACGGCCUCUUGAAUUGUGACUUUGGCAACUUGACAGAGGCUUGAGAGGAGUGAAUGCGAGUACUCUGCCCAGUUCUCCAUUACAGUGCUUCAUCAAGUGUGUGAAGGAAAGGAUUAUUCUCGGUCGUAUUUAAAUAUAUUCAAGUAGCUUUAAACUGUACUGUGCUGUUUCAUGACAAUGGGUUACUUUUAAACUGAUCUGAUAUGUUGCCUAAAUACAUUGUGUUUUUAAAACUGGUUUUGUAUGUUAUACAUGUAACUGUAGCAUUAAAAUAUAUGGCCAAAUGAUUGUUUUCAGUUAAUGUGACUUGGAAUAUUAUUGUUGCAAAGCUUUAGCACCGAUGGCACUUACCACCAAGGUAAAAAGAAAUCCCAGUGCAAAACAAGCCGAUAGCGACAUGUCGAAUGACCCUGCUGUCUGACAGGAACCAUUCAGCCCUGAGGGAGGAAAAAAAAGAGGUCAAGCACAUCGAAUACAGUGUAAAAGUUUUCACUCCACUUGCUCAUGGGUGAAAAUGCAAAUUUUAUUACCUGUAUUAAACAAUUAUACUUUCUUUUUUUUUUUUUAAUGAUGUUAGUUAAAAAUAAAACAUCCUGAAACAAAAAAUAAACAAGGUAAAUUAACCUGAAACAAGGUAAAUUAACAGAAAAAUAAAAUCAAUAUAUCAUCAACAUUUUAACAUCUACUAGUUGACCAUUGUGUUACUUGCUAAUGAAGAAACAUUUAUGAAACACACUAAACAUCAUGGUUAAAAUAAAUUUCUCUGCUGUCUUUGAAUGAAUUUUUCUCAGUAAUAAAAAGGUGCCAGACUGUAUUUUUUGUUUGUUUGUUUGUUUGUUGCUGGAGUGGUGGAUAUCUUUUGUAUCUUUAGUAUAUCUCUUUUACUUGAGAAGGUGGUGUAUCUCUAAAUAGCUUUUAAGUAUAUCAGUGCUCUUUAAGGCCUAACUAUAUACUUUAGAUUAUUUAAGGUAUAAUGAAAGGUCCGGUCCUACAGUUACAAAAGAUGUACUGAAUGCUUGAUGGUAGAAUUUCAGCCAGAAGGAAGAGUAGGCUACAGUUUGCUUUUUAAAGGUGUAUGCCCCCCCCCCCCCUUUUUUUUUUUGGCUUUACUGUAAUAAUUGUAGUUUGUAUUCUUGUUCAGUGGCCUUGUUUGUUUGCCUAUAGGUGUAAAUAGUUUGCAUGGAGGGGUUUCCAGAGUGCAAGGUUUAAUCCUGCAGUGGAAUUUAUCAGAGGCUUGUUAAAUUUGUAUGGGUCCUUGUGUUGUGAUAAAUAAUCUGAAAAGUGUACCACAGGCUAGACUUUAAACAUAAGAAACCUUAGUGA